AUGGCUGCUCCUCCCAAGGUCACGAUUGAUGACCUUUCAGGCAAAUUUGUCAUGAACCGCAACCUCUCCGACCCAAUCGACCCCAUCCUAACCCUGCAAGGCCUGUCCUGGUUCCUCCGCAAAGCAAUCUCUUUCGCUACCGUGACCCUCUCGGUCCACCAGUACAGAAAGCCUGCUUCCGAAGAACCCAAGCAACCAAUCCACAUCGACAUCACCCAGCGCGCUACCGGAGGUAUCUCAACGACACAGGAGAACAGGGUGUUGGACUGGAGCGAAAGGGACCACGAGGACCGGAUUUUCGGGAAGGUGAAGGGGAAGAGUCGCAUGUUUGAGGGGUUUGGAGGUGGAGAGAACGGGUUCAAGAUGGAGGGGAAGGGAGGGGAGGUGGAUGAACGGUUCUUGAAGGGGGACGUUGAUAAGGAUGGAAAGACUGAGUCUGAAAAGGCGGCCGGCACGGAGGCAGAAGGGGCGGAAGGAGACAAGACUACGCAGCAAGAAGGAGAAGGCACGACUUCUACCGCUACCGCUGCGACCACGUCGGGCUGGCUCGAUGAGAACUCCGCUCGCCACGUACAGAGCUGGGUCGUCAAUGUGGAUGAGACCGCGGCUGGAGGUUGGACGGCAGAGCAGGUUUGGGGGUUUGAGAUGUUUGAUCAGAAGAGGUAUUACACCCGGAGAGUGGUGGUCAGGAAGGGAGAGGAUAAGGUGGAGAGGGCCAGGUUGGUGUAUGACUACAAAGGGGAGGUUGACAUGGAAGCUGAGAAGGCAGAGGACGGUAAAAAGGCGGCGGCGGAGGAGCUUGAGGUGGAAUAUUGA